AUGAGCUCGCCCUCGCCAUCCAGUGGCAUGUCGCCUGUGCCUACGAAUACGCAAAAGCAGAUCCGCUUCGUCAAUAAUGGGGGGCAGCCACCCGCAAAGAGAAGGAGGAUUAACGCAGCGUGUCGGACGUGUCGAAAACGCAAGACGAGAUGCGAUGGCAAGCGACCGCUAUGUUCGACAUGUAUAGAGAAUGGGCAUGAGUGCUUGGGAUACGCUGAUGGGGUUGAGAUCAUAACGGGCAAGAGGGAGCGUAAGGACUCAGUUCUGGGCUUGGGCAUGGGGCGGAGCGGUGAUGUGGAUGAAGAAGAAAAGGAGGAUGAUAUAAAGUUUCGUGGCAAUGGGAAACUUGACAAACAGGAAAAUACUGUCCAUGGGAGUCCUGAGGUUUACAGGACGAAUCCACAAUCGCGGCCAUAUCUGGAGAGUGAUUCGAAACCACCUUUGACACGUCGAGAUACUGGAUCUUUGAAGGAAAUCGAUGGGGCUAUUUAUGAUGACGAGUCAAGUCCACUGGAAAGCCAGCGAGUACCAUAUUUUAGGUACUUUGGACCGACCGCUAUUGUUCCUGGAUUCAAACAGAUGGUGGUUUCAGUCCGGGAGCACCGUCGUAGCACCGGUACAAAUUCAGCUGUAGCCAUGUCCCCGGGAUCAGGCGGCUCUGUUUAUGGGACGCCUUCUCAUGCAUCGGACUCGAAGUCUGCGGUUGACAUGCCAAUAUACAAUCAAGAAGACUCAUUGCCUGUUCAUAGAUUGAUUAUUCACCUUGUGGAAACCUUCUUUGCUCAUAUGGGUUCUAAUUAUCCCUUCUUACGCCAGAAGUCUUUUAUACACAGAGUCGAAGAACGAUCAGCUGAGCCCAUUCUUGUAGAUGCGGUCUGCGCGUUGGCAGCACGUUUCUCGGAACACCCGUUGCUCUCUGCUUCUUACGAUUCCUCCUAUCCGAAGUCGGAUUAUGGGCAUGUAUUUGCUAGGCGAGCCAAGGCUGCGGUGGUAGACACAUUCCCAUGCCCAUCGAUCGCAGCGGUUCAAGCAUGCCUACUGCUUGCCUAUGAGGGGUUUGGUUCCAACCAAGAUAGUGCUCUGUGGAUGUACCUAGGAUGUGCGAUCCGCAUGGCUGUGGACCUUGGUUUGCAGAAGCUUGAUGGCGUCAAACACCAAGGCGAAAAAGAUCCCGCGGCUCAAAGAGUAAGUACAGACAGUAUCAGAUCUGAUCCUCCGGCAGCUAUCAGUACCCAGGACAAAAAACUGGUGGAAAAAGAACGCGUCGACACUCUUUGGGCUGUAUUCAUGCUGGACAGAGUUAUCUCGUCCGGCACGGGCAGACCAGUUACUUUGAGAGGCAAGGACUUUGAGCUUACCUUUCCUGCUUUAGAUAGUUUUGAAUCUGGUUGGCCCAAUCCUUUCCCACCGUUGAUACAGAUAAUACACCUAUAUGGGCGAGUAUCCGACUUGUUGAACAACAUCAGGGACGUCAAAGAUGUGACCCCGAAGAAGAUUGAUGGUCUUACUGCAAUGGAGAAAGACCUGACACUUUUCUACCAAAAGCUUGACACGAGAUUAAUUUUCAACGCGGCCAACUUCCAGCACUACGUCAAAAUUGGGGAAGGGACGAAUUUUAUUCUUGUACAUUUUUGGUUCCAUACAUUGAUUAUGUUGGUCCAUCAGCCUACAUUAAUGCACUCAUUCAAGGGGCAGAUCCGGAAUUUGCUCCCAAAUAGCCGCGAACUCAGCAUGUCAUCAGCUAAAACCAUUGCUGAUAUCCUUUCAUUUGCUGAAUUGAUUGACCCGAGAAGUUUCAUCGGCAACCCUUUUACUAGUCAGCCUAUGUAUAUUGCCGCAUGUGCUUUCUUGAUGGAGACGGCUGCACAUACUUCACAGCCUUCGUCACGCGAUGCCACCCCUCCAGAACCAACUUCGAAGGGGGCACAAUCAAAAACCGGCAACAGAGUAAAAGAUCUUCAAAAGCACUCGCUACUCGCCUCUGCUGCCAACCAAAACUAUCAACGUUGUUAUAAAGCCUUGCAGCAGCUAGAAUCCUAUUGGUCUGGAGCCAGAUAUAUUUUAGUGGCUCUCGACCAAAAAGCGAAAGGCAUAUGGGAUCCUGAAACCUACACUGAACAGGAAUAUGAAAGUACAAAAUCAAAGCAGGAUAUGAUACCGAAUUGGAGACGGAAGUUGUCGUUGUCAGCACCGUCUCCUGGGCGACUUGGAGAUCUCCUUUCUCCAAUAUUAGAAACGGCCCCUGGUUCCCCACAAAUUGACCACUCACAAGCCAUUGGCUGGUCUUUAACAGGAACAACCAACUCACCAAGUUCGAAUCUGACUUUCAUGUACCAAAACAGAGAUGGCGAACAAGUACAGCAACUUCCCCCACCUACAGCAGCUGGGAAUAUGAUAUAUGACCCGAUCCGCUCGAGCCUACCAGAAUCAACUGCAGGUUCCACAUCUGCAGUUACCUAUCCUCCAAAUCCAAGGAUUCCUCUUUACGUUUCACAGCUGCAUCAACGAAAAUAUCAGCCAAUGGCGCCGCCCGCUUCAAAAUAUUCGCAAAGUUCACCCGAUCAAGUAUCAAAGUCCGACGCCCAGAUGCUUCUGGAAUUGCAGAAUUCCCCCAUGGCUCAGACGCCGGGAUCUCACCACUCAUUUGAUGGUAUUCCGUCGCCGAACAACUCUCGAUCAGAUACUAGGGCCGGAACAUAUGGUUAUCCGUACAACAUGUUCCCAGGUCCAAAUAGCUAUUUGGGCCUUGGAGGUGCUGGCGAUAUGAUGAUGAUGCAGAGUCAAGAUAUCGACAUGUCAACCAUGGGAGGCGACAUGAUGCCGUGGCUUGAAUACCUUCCUCAAGACGUGCUCAACUAUUUUGAUGGUGGCGGCCGCAAUGCUCCUAUUCCUGGAGACGGAUCUAUGAAUGGGAAUGUAAAAUUUGGUUGA